AUGGGACUGGCUGGCAUGAUUGCUGCAGGUACGAUGGCUACAGGUGCUGUCGCUGUAACGGUUGUAUGUGUGCCGUUUGUGACCCCGGCAUUGCGUAAAAUCUGCAUACCAUAUGUUCCAGCUACGCCACAACAACUGCAAAAUGUUGCCAUGGCGUUGUCAACGUGUUCAGCUAAAGUCUCACCUCUUGUCGACUUGGGUAGCGGUGAUGGACGUGUUGUGAGCUGUUUUUUUCUUCUAUUUCUGAAAUUAAAUAAGAAAAAGUUUUUUCUCUACAUUAUUUGA